AUGCCUUUUCAAAUCAUGGAUCAGAGGGGCGUUUCUGCUUCAUCACACUUUUUUGAAGACGUUUCCUUUCGUUCUGAGAGGAAUGUUGGAUUACGGAAACCAAUAUCCAUUAAUGACGAUUAUCCACAAGGAAGCAAUGGAGUGGUAGCAUCACCAGGCAGGAAUUUUGACAGUACACCUCCCCUUGAUGUAAAUGCAAAAGCUGGUUUGUUGAUGUCGCAGGCUAGUCUACCUGGGGAUAAUAUAGAUUCCAAGGAAUCAUCGAAUUAUCGUCCCAAAUCAUUGUCUGAUGCAUCUCUGCAGUCUGCACCCACCUCAUAUGGUUUAAUUGGGAACAGGAUUGUGACAAAUGCUGCCCCCUGUGAAAGUAGUUUAUUCUCAAGUUCUAUGUCUGAGAUAUUUAGCCGAAAGUUACGGUUAUUUGGAAAUGAUGUUCAGUCUGAUCAGCUCAUUACUGGUGGUUUCCCUGAGGAAGAACCAUAUAAAUCUCUUGAAGAAAUGGAGGCUGACACUAUAGGGAAUCUCCUUCCUGAUGAAGAUGAUCUGUUAUCUGGUGUUGUUGAUGAGUUAGGAUGCAGUUCUCAUGCCAGAACAAAUGAUGAUUUUGAAGAUUUUGAUCUGUUUAGCAGUGGUGGAGGCAUGGAGAUGGAAGGAGAUGAACAUUUAAGUUCAGGAAAAAAAAUAAAUGGUCUUGAUGGAGAUUAUGGUUUCCUUGGAGGUUCUAAAGGAAAACUUCCAUUUGGUGAGCAGCCUUCUAGAACACUUUUCGUUAGAAACAUUAAUAGCAAUGUAGAAGACUCUGAGCUAAAGGAUCUCUUUGAGCAAUAUGGAGAUAUCCGAACCAUUUAUACAGCCUGUAAGCAUCGUGGGUUUGUCAUGAUUUCUUAUCAUGAUCUAAGGGCAGCACAAAAUGCAAUGCAAGCACUUCAAAAUAGGCCAUUGAGGUCUAGGAAACUUGAUAUACAUUAUUCAAUUCCUAAGGUCAAUGCUUCAGAAAAGGAUAUUGGCCAUGGUACACUGAUGCUAUCUGGCCUUGAUUCAUCUGUUUUAAAUGACGAGCUUAAAAAGAUUUUUGGAUUUUAUGGAGAAAUUAAAGAAAUCUAUGAAUAUCCAGAAAUGAAUCAUUACAAAUUUAUAGAGUUUUAUGAUGUUCGAGCUGCGGAAUCUGCUCUUCGUGCUUUGAACAAGAUUGACAUUUCUGGGAAGCAGAUCAAGCUUGAACCUGGCCAUCCUAGUUUGAUGCACCAAUCUCAUAAGGGGCAAGAUGAGCGAGAUUUUGGUCAAAGUAUUAUGGACAAUUUGCCAUUAAGACCAAAGGCAACAGGGUCUUCUGGUGUAAUUGGAUCUGGAUGCUUGGAUAAUGGAUAUAGUCAGAGGUUUCAAUCUACAGUGCGGCAACCAAUGAAUGCAUUUGUUGAUAAUGCAUUCAUUAAUAUGAACACUGGUAUUCGCAACACUAUGAGAGGGGCAUCUGCUGGAAAAGUUUCUGGUCUUUGUGAGUCUAGUAGCUAUGUUGAUGCAAUGAACUUUGCAUCUAGUUCGAGAUUUCAUCCUCAUUCCUUACCUGAGUAUCGUGAUAGUUUAGCUAAUGGUAGUCCUUAUAACUUUUCUAGCACUAUUAGCAACUUGGCUAACAAUAUAGGUGCUGGAGCUACAGAAGCCUCUGAUGGCAGGCAUAUUCAGGGAAUUGGAUCAACUGGGAACACGGCAGAAUUUAAUGCUGGAGGAAAUGGGAUACGCCCACAUGGACUUUAUCAAAUGUGGAACAGCUCCAAUUUGCAACAGCAACCUUCUUCAAGUAAUGUGCUUUGGCAAAAAUCGCCAUCAUUUGUUAAUGAUGCUUGUUCCCCGAGCCUUCCACAGAUGUCAAGCUUUGCUAGAACACCACCUCAUUUACUGAGAACACCACAUAUGAUGGACCACCAUGUUGGAUCAGCACCAGUUGUUACAGCCUCACCCUGGGAAAGGCCAAAUUCUUAUUUGGGAGGGUCACCCGAUGCUUCUGGUUUUCGCUUGGGUUCUCUUGGGAGUGGAGGUUUUCAUGGUUCCUGGCAAUUGCAUCCUCUGGAUUUUCCUUCUCACAAUGUGUUCUCUCAUGUUGGUGGGAAUGGCACUGAACUGACAUGCAAUGCUGGACAGAACUCUCCCAAGCAGUUAUCUCAUGUUUUCCCUGUGAGACAUCCCAUGUCUUCAAUGUCAAAAUUUGAUACUACCAAUGAACGAAUGAGAAACCUUUAUCACCGUAGAAAUGAAACAAGCACCAACAAUGUUGAUAAGAAGCAAUAUGAACUUGACCUAGGGCGCAUAUUGCGUGGGGAAGACAGCCGAACUACCCUUAUGAUAAAAAAUAUUCCCAACAAAUAUACUUCAAAGAUGCUUCUUGCUGCAAUAGAUGAGCAAUGUAAGGGAACUUAUGACUUUCUGUAUUUACCGAUUGAUUUCAAGAACAAAUGUAAUGUUGGCUAUGCAUUCAUAAACAUGAUUGAUCCUGGUCAAAUUGUCCCUUUCCACCAGGCUUUUGAUGGGAAAAAAUGGGAGAAGUUUAAUAGUGAAAAGGUGGCCUCACUGGCAUAUGCCCGAAUUCAAGGAAAAGCUUCUCUCAUCGCUCAUUUCCAGAACUCAAGCCUGAUGAACGAAGACAAGCGUUGCCGUCCUAUUCUCUUCCAUACUGAUGGCCCAAAUGCCGGUGAUCCGGAGCCUUUCCCCAUGGGUGCCAAUAUUAGACCGAGACCAGGAAAAUCUCGCACUGCAGGCGGCGGCGAGGAGAAUCGAAGCCAAGGGAGUCCUUCAGCUUUGGGAAGUGGAGAAGAGUCUGGUUUAGACUCUUCAAAAAACUAA